UUCGCUUUGAAAUAUGAAGCCAAUGACGACGCUGGUGGGGUUGUUGGCUGCGGCGGCCUGGAUGAUUGACGUGGUGGCCGCGAGCUACAAAUGUCAUUCCUACAAUAGCAAAGAUGCAUGCUUGAAGUCUUUGGACGAGAAACCUUGCCUUUGGUGCAGCUCGGCUGCUGUCCCGAGCUCGUGUUACGAGGACGACGAGGCUGCUCAACUCCCUCCAGGGGUGUUCGAGUGCACAAAGGAAACCCUUGAAGCCCCACCAAACCAUGGCUGUCACUUCUACAAUACUGAAGCGUCGUGCGUACAGAACACAGAAGGCGACAAACCCUGCUUCUGGUGCAAAUCGGCGGCGGUCCCGUCCCAAUGCUACAAUGAAACUGAGGCCGAACAAUUGCCUCCCGCCGUAUUUCAGUGCGACAUGAUGCAGAAGGCCCUUGUCUUUAAAGCUGACGUCGUGGAUUUGGCUGCGCUGGCAAGUCCAAAUGUGCCUGUCAUCCCAGUGGACAGCGAGUCAUGGUGGCUAGACCCCGUGAACCACGGCUGCCACUUUUACAACGCAAAGGAGUCGUGCAUCCACAACACGGAAGGCGGCAAGCCGUGCUACUGGUGCAAGUCAGCGGCAGUACCAUCCACGUGCUACAACGAAACAGAAGCGAAGCAAUUGCCCCCUGCGAUAUUUCAAUGCGACAAAGAAGACAGCCAUGCGAUUAAUUGGGCGCUCGUUGAGAUCCCGAGCCCCGAUGCUUUCGCCGCACUCUUUUCGCACUGGGCGGCAACGUUCAAUGUGGAAUACCCCUCGGUGGAGGAGCGCCAGCGUCGUGCGGAGGUCUUUUACGACAACGCAAAGCUCGUCGCGCAGCAUAACCAGCAGGUGCAUGCCACGUAUACGCUCGAGCUCAACAAGUUCGCCGACACAACAUGGGACGAAUUCAAACAGCUCUAUCUUGGCGCGUCGACUCCUCAAAAUUGUUCGGCCGCGCACACUGCGCGUUUAGUCGCGAAGGAUGUGCCUGAAGCGAUCGACUGGCGCCGAUGGGGCGCCGUUUCUCCCGUCAAGGACCAAGGAAAAUGCGGCAGUUGCUGGACGUUUUCGUCGACGGGAUGCCUGGAAAGCCACAACUUGCUCACCCACGGCAAGAAGGUGCUGCUGUCGGAGCAAAAUCUGAUCGACUGCGCCCAAGCGUUUGACAACCACGGGUGCAGCGGUGGGUUACCGUCGCAUGCGUUUGAGUACGUCAAGUACAACGGCGGUCUCGACACUGGCGCGUCGUACCCGUACCAUGCCAAGGACGAAAAGUGCAGGUUUUCUCCAGCCUCUGUCGGCGUCAAGGUGCUCGACGUCGUCAACAUUACAUCCCGCGAUGAAACCGAGCUGCGCAUGGCCGUGGGGACGGUCGGUCCAGUGAGCAUUGCGUUCCAAGUCGCGUCGGAUUUUCGCUUUUACAAGGAGGGGGUGUACGACUCGACGGUGUGCCAAUCUGGCGAAGAGGACGUGAACCAUGCGGUGCUGGCGGUGGGUUACAAUGCCACCGAGGAUGGACGCAAGUACUGGAUCGUCAAGAACAGCUGGUCAGCAAAGUGGGGCUUGCAAGGGUACUUUAACAUCGCUCGGGACAAGAACAUGUGCGGCUUAGCCGACUGCGCGUCGUACCCGCUGGUGUAAGAACCAUCGUUCCAUUCUCUCGACGACGUUGGCGUCGCACUGUCUGUCGCCGGUGUGACGUUGUGAAUUGUUGCAUUAAAAGAAUACAUGCAUUCGUUUGAAGAGUCAA